CAGCUGCUCCGAUGAGGAAAUUUACAGUAAAUCAGGAGGUUCGCUUAGCUCACUAGGCUUCAGAAAUAGAUGAUAACGCCGCAGGGUAAAAACGACAACAUUAUACACGAGAAGACACGUUUUUUCCCCACUAUUCGCUCUGUCCAUUGGGGAUUAAAUUGUCGGUCUUUCCGGGAUGAAGGCGCUGACUUUGCAGCAGACAAAUGUGGCCACUGGGGAUCAGCAGCAGGCCACUUGUGGGAGAAGUCUUUCCUCCAACUAUGUUCCUCCGAGUCUGGAGAAUAAGUUCUUGGCUCAGGCUUCCUCGCUGAUGCCCCAGCUUUGCUCUCCCCUCUUAAACUUUGCAGCUCAACCUUCCUCUUGCCCCUCUCUCCAGCCCUCCAGCCUGUCUUCCACCUCAUCCUCCCUUCUCUCUGGUUCUUCCCUCUCUCCUUCCCUCACCUCCUCUCUCCUCAGCACCGAGAACAGGCUCCUAAGUAGCCGUUCACCUGCUCUCUCUUUUUCCCUCACCUCCUCUGCACCUGUCCCUAAUGCCUCACUGCUCUCCACCUCACUGGCCAACAGCACUCUGUUCAAUCGCUUUGCUGAUCCUCCUUCAGUCCUCCAUCAUGCUGUGGGUGGAGAACAGAAGAGGGACGAUGGAGGAGAAGAAGAAAUAGAGGAAACUUCUGAAAUGAUGCAGUCCUGUUCUGAAGAACUAACAGAGUAUUCUGAUGAUUCUUUUCCUGAAGAGGAGGAGGAGGAGGAAGAGGAAGAGGAGGAUGCUGGGACAGCCAUGGAACUACCUGCUCUGGAAACAGAUUUAGGCAACCAGGACCUCGAAAAAACCAUGGACAUCAGACAGGAUGAAUUUGCUGAGCUCGAUAGAGGAAAUAAAAUUAUUGAAGAAAAGCUGAAAGAUAAAAAGUAUCUCCUGCUGAACAUGGUGUGUUGCUCCCUGGUCAAUAAGAGCAAAGCUCCAGGCCAGACGGACUGGGACUCAGAGGAAAGUGUUUGGACCAAGAUCAUAAACCUGGCAAAGGACAUUUCUGUCAGUGACCCACAAUUUCUUCUCAAGGUGGCAGUUUACACUCGACAGGAGUUGAACAUCCGCAUCACAGCAAACUUCUUAUUGGCUCUGGCUGCCAAUCAGCCCUCCACAAAGCAACAUUUCCGCCGAUACUUCUGUGCUGCUGUUCAGCUGCCCUCAGAUUGGCUGGAAGUCGUCAGAAUCUACAACACAUGCUUCAGUCGCUCCCUGCCAAAUUGCCUGAAGAAGGCAAUGACUGACAAGUUCAAGCAGUUUAAUGAGUAUCAGCUGGCCAAGUACAACACACGCAAACACCGAUGUAAACACAACCGCAACAAUCGCAAAGCCAAGAAACCGGAUGGUGAGCAGCUGAAAAAGUGGGCAAACUUGCUCAGAUCAGAACCAACUAUGCUAUCGAAGUUUUUGCAACUGGAGGAAAAAAAAGUGACGGUGGAUAAAAAGCAGAGUGAGUUCAGUGUGAAGAAGAUGAUCAAGAAGCUUCACAUUAAAGAACCAGCUGAAUACGUUAUGGCCAUUCUGGGGAAAAAGUAUCCUGCUGACCCGAAGACGUUCAACCGCAGUGGAAUGAAGGGAACGUGGGACAGGGAGAGAGCCGGGAAGAGAAUGAAGCUCAAAGAGCCAGAGACGUGGGAGCGGCUGCUCAGCCUGCAGGGCAACAAGGCCGCCACCUGGGAGAAGCUCAUAGACAAUAAGUCUCUUCCAUUCAUGGCGAUGCUGAGGAACCUGAGGAACAUGAUCACAACGGGCAUCAGUGAGGCUCAUCACAAGAAGAUCCUCAGCAGACUGACCAAUCAGAAAGCAGUCAUUCAGAGCCGUCAGUUUCCCAUCAGAUUCCUCGCUGCCUACAAAGUCAUAAUGCAGCUUGAAAUUUUGGCCUCAGCAUCAGAGAAAGCAGUCCCUCCUGUUAAAGAGAUCCUGAAGGAAAUCCUUAAUAAGUUUCCCAAGAGCCAGCGCUUCAAGAGUCAGGAAUGGGACACGACUCCGAGAAGCCGGAUAAGGGUGACACUUGGAGUGCCGUUUAUCUAUCGACUAUACAAAGCCAAGAAGACCCAGCUCCUGAAGGCCAAUCACAGGGAGUACACCGUCGAGCUGUUGGGUCGCUACCGCAAAGCUCUGGAGACGGCCGUUCAGCUCUCCUGUCGUUACAAUGUGCCCCCGCUCCCUGGGCGGACCGCCAUCAUGCUCUCCUGUAACAUCAGGCAUGAUAAUGACUAUUGUAAGAAACAGGACUUCUGCCUCCCGCCGGACCCUGAGCAAAAGGAGGAAGACGAGGAGAAGGAGGAGGAGGAGGAGGAGGAUGAGAGUAAGGGGGAAGAUGAGGAGGAGGAAAAGGACGAGGAUGAGGAGGAUGAAGAGGAGGAAAAGGACGAGGAUGAGGAGGAAGAUGAAGAGGAGGAAAAGGAGGAGGAUGAGGAGGAGGAUGAAGAGGAGGAAAAGGAGGAGGAGGAGGAAGAAAAAAAAAAAGAGAGCACGAAGAAGAAGAAGAAGAAAAACCCAGAGGACAAGCUCAUUCCUUCUACGAAGGAGAUGGCAGCUCUGCUCGCUCUGAUGAUGGGCAGCAGUGCAGAGGACAGUCAGAUCUGCAUACUUGGUUGGAACCACAGUAUGGAAGCUGAGCUGAAGUCUGAUAAUCUUCUCGAUAACGUCCGGAGUGUGGUUAAGCAAAUGAAGCUAUGUGAAGAUUUAACAUAUGAAGAAAGGAACAACCAUGCCUUCUCCAAAAUGCUCACCAAGAAUAACAAGGUGGACAACAUCAUCCUGCUGUCUGACUACUGGAUCGACGGUGAAGUUGAGUGGGCCAUCAACUGCUACACGAAGGACAUAAACAACAAAGCCCUCGUGGUGCAACUCUACAUCGGCCAGAGAGAGCCUGAUUUCCUCCCUGAAAGGAACCGUAUGCAGCUUUGUGGCUUCAGUGAACAGAUGCUAAGGUUUGUGGCAGAACGAGGAUCGUCCAGGCUGCUGGACCAUGUGGAGCACUUAGACAAACUUUACAACAUCCCACCACCAGAUGGAGCUAAAGGCCCUCAGGCAACAGAUAAUGUCAUCUCACUACCAGCCAGCCCCAAGUUAAGGUGGCGAGGAGUCCGUGUGUUUAUCUCCUCCACCUUCAGAGACAUGCACGCUGAGCGCGACAUCCUGGUGCGGAGCGUGUUCCCCGAGCUCCGACGACGUGCUGCGUCACACUGCCUCUACCUGCAGGAGGUGGAGCUGCGUUGGGGGGUGACGGAGGAGGAGUCGGGGCGGGCCGCCGAAAUGUGCCUGUCGGAGGUGUGUCGCAGCCAGAUGAUGGUAGUCAUCCUGGGGGAGAGGUACGGCCUGGUGCCUCCCAAACCGGUCCUCCCUGACCUACCGCAGCACAGCUGGCUGGCGUCGGCCCCAGACGGCCUGUCCAUCACAGAGAUGGAGAUCCGUCAGUUCCAGGCUCUUUUCCCCGACACAAAACAGCGAAUGUUGUGCUACUUCAGAGAUCCAAACGUCACCAAGUCAGUUCCAGUGGCCUGGAAAUCUGACUUUGUCCCUGAAUCCAAGGAGGCGGAGUCUAAAAUGGCCUCGUUGAAGAGAAUGAUCCGGGCCAGUGAAGUCAAGGUCACUGAAAACUACUCAUGUGAGUGGGGCGGUGUUGUGGACGGGAAACCGUAUCUGAAAAGACUGGAGGACUUUGGAAAAGCUGCGCUGGAAGACCUGUGGACGGCUGUAGUGAAGCAGUUUGUGGAAGAGGACGAGGAGGCAGAGGCUGUGUCUGAUGUGACGGAGCAGGAGGUGCACCAGGGGGCGCUGCAGAGGCAGUUCUUCGGCAGGGCGAAGCUGCUGUGUGGGGCUGUGGAGAUCGUGGAGCAGGCUCAGACCAAAGGAGGCAUGAUGGUGGUGGAGGGAGGACCUGGAGAGGGCAAAACUGUCUUCAUGGCAGCUUUAGGAGAAUCCCUCAAGACUGGAGUAAAGUCCAGGAGAAACCUUAUCUGUGAUGUCAUCUCUUACUCCACAGCUGCUAGCCAAUCAGCAAGCUCUGUGGAAAACCUGCUCCGAUGCCUCGUUCAGUGGUUGAGGAAGAUGAAAGAUGCUGAGGAGGAAUCACCUCUUCCUCAUACUUACAGGGAUUUGCUGUCAGAAUUUCACUCCAGUUUGAGUGACGUGAAGAAGGAUAAACCUCUGGUGCUGCUGGUUGAUGGGGUGGAUCUUGUGCAAGAUGGCACAGGUCAGCUAAGCUCUGAAUGGAUACCACAGCAGCUUCCACAGGGUGUUUGUCUGGUGGUGAGCAUCCCAACCAAAGCACCACUGCUACAUACUCUGGCCAAGAAGAGCAGCACUGUCCUGUUUUCCCUGGGACAGCUCACCAUGCUGGACCGGAGGGAGAUAGUUCAGAGAGGCCUGGACAGCUUCGGGAAGAAACUCAGUGACUCUGCAUUCAACAACCAGCUCCAGAUGCUGAUCAUGAAGAAGGGAGCAGUCAGUCCUCUCUACCUGCACAUGGCCUGUGAAGACCUGAGGAACUUCGCCUCCUUUGAUAAGCUGAAGGAGAACCUCCUGGGUUUGCCUCAGUCUCUGAGCCAGUUGGUGCAGUACAGUCUGGACAGACUCUGCUCACAGUACAGAGAAAUGCUGGGACUCCGCUGGGCGCUGGCAGCUCUCACCAUCAGCUCCACUGGCCUGAGGGAGAGAGACUUGUACUCUGUACUGAACACAUGCAACGGUCUGUCCUCAUCGGACAAACAAGUCACUUUGCAGGAAGUUCUGCAACUGUCCAGGAAGCCCAAAGGACGCAUUCCCAUGGCUACUUUCACCCGCAUAGUGCAGAGUUUACAAAGUCUGAUUGGUUCGUCUCAUUGCCGCGACACUGACGACCAGCUGGCUCUCACCAACCCGGAGGUGAAGAAGGCCUUCGAGGACUUUCUCCUCCCGACAGAAAGUGACAGAACCAGAGCUCACCUGGUAAUGGCAGCUCAUCUGUGGGCACUCACCGACCCCCAGGGCACGGACACUUUCCUUCACUGUGAGCCCAACUCUGUCCUUCACCUGCCUUCCCACCUGAUUGAAAGUGGCCAGCUGGAGGCGCUGAUAUCACUGCUGUCCAGCUACUACUUCAUGUAUGCUAACGUGCGCCACGGACUCCUGCGCCACCUCCUGGAUCUCACCUUACACGCUGACGUCCAGGGUCGUGUAGAAGACUGCCAGAGUUUCCUUCGGCGUCACGGCAGCCUGCUCUCCUCCUGGCCAUCUCUUUUCAUUCAGCAAGCCCUCAACGAGCCUCCUAACACCUCUGCUCACGCCUGGGCACAAGACCUGAUGGGAAAAGGAAGUCCCCGAGUAGUUGAGUGGCUCAACAAUGACUAUCGAGUUCUUCAGGAGACGAGUGAGCUGGUGUCGACCUUCUCCUCUGAACCGAGCUGUUUGGUUGUGAGCCCGGAUGGAGAUCUGAUGGUGGUUGGCACCGGACAGGGAACGCUGCAUUUCAUCAACAUUCACACUGGACAGGAAUUGAAGUCGCUGGUGAGCAGCUGUGACGGCAUCUCCAGCUGUGUCUUUCUCAAGGACGGACGUCUUGCUACGACCUCGUUUGACGGGCGAAUAGAGGUCUGGGACGUCCAGAAUGGCUGCAGGACUGCUCUUAUUGAGGGCCACACUAAUGUGAUAACAGGAAGUGAUAUCACUGCAGACAGGAAACACCUCGCAACGGUGUCUCUGGACUUCAUGCUGAAAGUGUGGUCCUCUGCUAAAGGUAAUGAGAUAGCAGCCCUGACCAGCUCCAGCCCUUUGAACUGUGUGACCUUUGACCCCGAGGGUCACCUGCUGGCUGCUGGUUGCUGGAACGGUGAUGUGAUUAUGUGGAACUGGCUGCAGAAUAAACCUCUAGCGUCCCUGUCUGGUCACAAGCGCUCAGUGCGCAGUCUCUCCUUCUCUCCCUCCUCCUCCAUGCUCUGCUCUGGCUCUGUGUCUGGAGAGGUCCGAGUGUGGUCGGUGCCCACCUCCACCUGUGUGGGAUGUUUCCAGGCUCACUGCGGAGCCACGGACGCCCUCACCUUCCUGGACGAGGGGAGCAUGCUGCUGAGCGCCGGCUCUGAUCACAUGCUUCAUCUCUGGUCAGGAGGACUCGGCCGUUCAGUCGCUACAUUAAAACGUGAUGAAUGCGAGCAGGAGCCUCCUCUGAAGAAACUGAAGUCUGCGUCGUCUGAGCCUGCUGCUCUGUGUGUGGCUGUUAACGGAGACUAUGCUGCUGUGGGAUAUCACGGUGACGGCAUCAAACUCUUCAGUCUUGACUCAGGUGAGAAGAUCUGGGGGGACUCUGCGGGGCUGUAUGUGUCCGUGCUGAGCCUGCUGUGGGUCGUUUUGGACGCAGAGAAGACCGAACCUGAUCUGCUGCUGACUGGAGGAAGUGACAAACGUGUGAGAGUCUGGAAGAGAAAAGAAGGAGUGGAGGGGCUGCUGGGAGGCCUGGAAAUGUGGGGAACAUUUGGAGCGCAGCAAGCUGUUGUCCUGGCCUUCGCACAAAACUCCACAUACCUGGCGACAGCUUCAGAUGACUGCACUAUUUUCCUGUGGCUGCUGAGCGAUCUGGCCCUCGAUCCCUGUAUCGAGCCUCAUGCGAUCCUGAGGGGCCACAAAGGGGGGGUCACCUGCCUGGCGUUCAGCCCUGAUGGUGAACAGCUGCUGUCCGGUGGCAAAGAUCAGGCCCUGAUGGUGUGGGAUAUGAAAUCAUCUCCUCCUGCUCUCUCCAAGUCGCUCCCUCACUCUCACAAGGACUGGAUCACCGGCUGUGUUUGGACUCCAGACUGUGUGAUCAGCUCUUCAAACGACGGGAGGCUUUGUUUGUGGGAUCUAGAGGCGGGCAAACGUGUCGGAGAAAUCUCCUGGAAGAAUCCUCUCACAUCUGUCUGCUGUCUGGGACGGUAUGUGAUGGCCGGCUGUGCAGAGGGAGCGCUGCAUGUUUGGAACUGGGAAACAAACAUGGAAAUCAGCCACAUCGCUGCACACAAGCAACGUAUCCACCACUGCUGUCUCCUGAAAAAUACUGAUGAGAAAAAGGAGAUCAACCCAGAAGAAAUGGCUGUUUUUUCUGCGUCUGAUGACGGCACAGUGCAGCUCUGGAAACCACUACAGGUGGAGCACUUUGGCACCUUCCAGGGUCACAGCGGUGCGAUAUGUGGAGUUGUUAGCAAAGAACUCCUCAAAGAAUUCGUCACUGUUUCUGAAGACUGCUCACUGCGAUGCUGGACGUGGACAAAAGAGAGUCCUCCCAGUCUGGGGGGACCGGUCACAGCUCUGUGCUUCUCCCAGAGAGGAGAUCUGCUCCUUGCUGGUUAUGAAUCUGGUCUGCUGGAGUUAUGGCAGCACAACACUGUGGUCGGACACAAGCAGGCUUCAGACGGCGCCGUCACAGCCAUCUGCACCAUGCCUGAAGGCCAGUUUGCUGUCAGCUACAUGAAGCCCGCUGUUGAUGUUUGGAAGCUGGUGUGGAAUCAACAACACAGCACUGCAAGCCUAGUGAAGGUCACCACGUACCGAGUGGAGGAGCAAGUGGUCCGCCUCAUCUACUCCUCCAUCCUGUUCGGUGUGUCACACUCAGGAAAUAUAUCUGAUGUCACAAGACAUGGUGACGACAACAGUUGGCACUACACAGUCAACAGGUGGGCCAACUCAGUCCGAAUUAUGGGGUUGAUCCGCAACGAUGAGAAAAGCAUGUGGCUGGUGGGCGAAGAAAAAAACCGAAUCAGAGUUGGCUUCAUCUUUGCCAUGGGGCCCAAAUAUUCUUUAAAUUCAGCUUUCAGCUCAAUUGACCUGGAUACUGAAGAAGAAGAAGAGGGGGAGUUGGAGGAGAAGAAGGGGAGCCUGAUAACAGCUGCAACUGUGGACAAAGAUCUUGUCGUGUGUGGAGACAUCAAAGGCAACAUGUGGUUCAACCAGCCUCCGGAGGUUUCCUCGUGGAGCAGCAAGAAACCUGCUCACAGUGACCGGAUCAGUGUGCUGAAACUCACUGACCGCACCAUCAUCUCGGCCUCCUACGACAGGACGAUGAAGCUGUGGGACAGAAGCACCAAGAAACAGGUGGGAAUGUUUGUGUGUGGCGGUCCUGUUCUACAUGUGGAGGUGAACCCUGAAAACCCCACCAUGUUCGUUUGUGGUGACGGACAGGGGAAGGUCUACUUCCUCUCCUGGAAACAAUAAUCUUCAAAAAUGCUUAAACACUACAGUAACCCAAGAUUGCCAUGAAUGUUUUGCUUCCUCUCUGCUUGAGUCAGGGUGAAUAUGAAAUAAAUAAAUAUAUAUAUAUACAUAUAAAAUAAAUGAAGGUAAAGUAUUAACACCACAUACAGGGAUGAGCAUCUGUAAUAGUUGCAGAGAUCUGUUUCCAUGUGCCUUUAAUUUGUAUCGCAAAACAACUUGCAAAUGUAACAAGCAAGUAUAAAAUAUUAGUAAGCCUUAAAAAAUAUUAGCAGAUAUAGUUUUGUGCGAGCUGAAUUAAUUAAUAGUUUAUUUUUCUUUGUAAAUGGUAAAAACAUGAAGAUGGAAAUGUGGGUAUGAAACAGUUAAAGUGGAAUAAUGGAGUAAAUAACAAUUGAUCUUUCCUUUGACAAUAAAGCAAAUGUUUAAGUCUGCACUUUUUUGUUUGGUUUCAUUUUAUUUGUCUUAAAGGACUUAAUGAGAAAA